AUGGAACACCCCCCUGUGCGUGGUGAGGAAGUAGAUGAAAGAUUAGAACCUGACAAUAAUGAGAAUAUAAACAGUGGCGAUAGUGAAACUCCUAGUGUAAUUGAUGAUGAUGAACUCACAGCCCGAGAGAAACAUCAGGCACUCAUCGCCCUUCAUGAUGCUGUUUGGACUGUAAGUUCUGCAAAACACGGUAAUGGCGUCACCUGUUUAUUAGAAGCCUCUCAUGAUACUUAUUGGCAAUCAGAUGGUGUACUUCCACAUACAAUAUUAAUUGAGUUUGCCCGUUUAACUCCUGUUGUUGCCGUUGCUCUUUAUCUUGACUAUGUGCAGGAUGAGAGUUAUACUCCUCGUAAACUACGUAUACAGGCAGGGACACAUAAUGGUGAUAUCGCCGAUGUUGCCCAUGCCACCGUGGAUGAUCCGAAAGGUUGGGUUUUACUGAAAAUGUAUGUAGAGCCAGAGACAUUAGAGCCAUGGGACAUCGGGAUUAUUCGUCCAGCUGGAGAAGAGCGAGGCGUGGAUAAUAAUAAUAAUAAUAGUCGUGGAAUGUGGUCCACAACUGCCACUCGUGGGAUUGGACGAGGUGUAGAUGUUUCCUCUGCGGCUUCCCCACCGAUGGUGAGUGGAGUGAUGGAUCAUGAUGAUUAUGCGGAGUUUAUAGUGGAUGCGGUGUGGUGUACACAACUGCGGAUUGUACUGGAGGAGAAUCGACAAAAUGGACGUGAUUGCCAUGUGCGUGGAGUGCGGGUGUUGGGGCCUGUUCAUCAGAGUGUGUUUACAACAGCCUCCUUUACACAGGAUUUGAUGCUCCGUUGA